AUGGCGGAAUAUACUACCAAGGACCCUGUGGUUCAGGCCAAGGGUGAGCCGGACAUGAAUGCAGACGAGCUACGACUGGCUCAGAUGGGCCACACCCAGGAACUCAAGCGUCAUUUCAGCAUCUUAUCCCUGAUCGGCCUCGCGUCAACGACAACUAUCUCUUGGACUGGCCUUGGUUUGGGCAUUGUCACUGAAAUCAAUGCCGGCGGACCCGGUGCGAUUAUCUACGGCUUCGUUCUCGUGACGAUUCUGCAGAGUUUCCUUGGUGCUUCUCUGGCCGAGUUUGUGUCUAGUUAUCCGACCGAGGGUGGCAUGUACCAUUGGAUAGCUGCCAUUGCGCCGAAGAAAUAUAGCGCUUUUCUGAGUUUCAUCACGGGGUGGCUAACUGUUUGCGGUUGGAUAUUUACCACCGCCUCAACGAACUUGAUCUUUGCUGAAGUCGUCCAAGCACUUUAUGCUCUCUAUCACCCUGACCUUGUUAUCAAGACCUGGCAGACUUUCGUCAUUUAUCAGAUACUCAACUUGCUGACCGCCGGUGUUGUGCUUUUUGGCAACAAGAUAAUUCCGGCUCUCAAUAAGUUCUCUCUAUUCUACCUACAAAUAGGCUGGCUAGUCGUAUUGAUCACGGUCGUGGCAUGUGCUCCAACGCAUCAAUCUACCGACUUCGUUUUCAGAACAUGGAUCAACAACACCGGCUGGAACAGCAAUGUUAUUUGCUUCAUUACCGGCUUGGUCAAUCCCCUUUAUAGUCUGGGUGGCCUCGAUGGUGUCACACAUAUCACCGAAGAAAUGCCUAAUCCCUCGCGCAAUGCACCCCUUGCCAUCGCCAUUACUCUGACCAUUGCAUUCAUGACUGGACUUACUUACCUCAUUGCCCUCAUGUUCAGCGUUCAGGAUUUUGCAGCCCUGUCUACUACCAGCACCGGCCUGCCUCUCGCCGAGCUUUUCUACCAAGCAACACAAUCAGCCGGUGGUGCGUUUGGCCUGACAUUCAUCCUAUUCGUCGCACUCGGUCCUUGUGUCGUUUCAUCCCAGCUUUCUACAUCACGAGUCCUCUGGGCGUUUGCUCGUGAUGGUGCCAUGCCAUUCUCUGACGUUUGGGCAAAAGUGAGCAAGCGAUUCGGAAUCCCGUUCAAUUCACAGUUGUUGGUUGCCGCUGCCAAUGCAGCUUUAGGAUGUCUCUAUCUUGGUAGCAGCACGGCUUUCAAUAGUAUGCUAGGGGCAGCGGUCACUAUCAACAACGUCGCCUACCUGAUCCCUAUCGCCACAAACAUGAUCAUGGGUCGGACGGGUAUGCACAAGGGCGAGUUUCACAUGGGAAGAUGGGGCUGGCUCGUCAACGGUGUAACUGUUGCUUGGCUGCUGUUCGCAAUCAUUUUCUUCAGCUUCCCUUACAGCAUGCCUGUUACAGUGCAGAACAUGAACUACACAUGUGUUGUUGUCGGUGGGCUCCCGAUCUUGAUUUUGAUAUGGUGGUUCGUGGGUAGUAAGAAGUACAAGGACAGAAUAGCUCGCGCUAAGGAAGAGUAG